CUUCGCAAAGGCUCUAAAAUACCAUGGGACGCUGCAGAAGAAGGCGAGGGCUGGAGACAAAUAACGAUGCCUUGUGGAACGGCGACAGCAAUCGUCCGACAACAAUUCAAGUCCAAAAUUCCAGCAGCAUGUCCUUUUUCGGAGCCAACACAUCGCUGGGAGCCACGAGCACGCCGGCCAAAACUGGCGGCCUCUUUGGUUCUUCUUUCGGGGCAGCGGCCACCGGUCAACCAGCGCCCGCUUUCGGAACGCCGGCCACAGCGGCGCCGGCCUUUGGUACCCAGACAUCGACACCGGCCUUUGGCGGCGGUACAGCCUUUGGAGCAGCCACCAGUGCUGCGCCCGCUUUCGGUGCUGCGACCGCCACACCUGCUUUCGGAGCUGCAGCAGCUGCACCUGCUUUUGGUGCCACCGCCUCACCCUUUGGCAGUGCUCCGGCCUUUGGGGCUGCGACCACAACAACGGUGACCACGGGACUCGGUGGCGGUGCUUUUAGUGGAUUUGGCUCAUCUCCGGCACCGAGUCAGACGAGUUUGUUUGGUGCUCCGGCGACCAGUGCUGCGCCACCGGCUUUUAGUGGUUUCGGCCAGCCGGCAGCGACGAGUGUGGCGCCUGCAAGUGGAUUUGCAGGCUUUGGGGCGACAACAACCUCGACGCCAGCUUUCGGGGGCUUCGGCACCGCCACCAGCCAGCCGUCCACUGGUUUUGGCGGCGGUGUUUUCGGAUCCACCUUUGGAAAGCCAUCAACUACGACAGUGACUCCGGGCUUUGGAGGCUUCGGGGGGACAAACUUUAUGCUCGGUCAGCCGCAGCAGCAGCCGGCGCCCAUUUCCGCUGACGAGGCAUUUGCCCAGGCCAUACUCAAUGUGUCUAUUUUCGGUGACGAACGGGAUAAUAUCAUUGCAAAAUGGAAUUACCUGCAGGCCAUGUGGGGUACCGGCAAGCUCUUCUACUCGCAGAGUGCGGCACCCGUGGAUAUCACGCCGGAGAACUAUCUGUGCCGCUUUAAGGCUAUUGGUUACAGCCGGAUGCCGGGGAAGGACAACAAACUUGGUCUGGUGGCCCUGAAGUUUGAUAGGGAGCUCUCAGCCAUCAAGCCCCACCAACAGCAGGUUAUUCAGACACUCCACAGCCUGUUUGGCAGCAAGCCCAAUAUGCUUGUCCACAUUGAUUCCAUCAAGGAGGUCGAUAACAAGAAGUGCCAGAUGGUUAUCUAUGUGGAGGAGAAGUUGCAGCAUGCGCCUAACGAGAGCAAGCGAAUACUGGCCACCGAGCUAAGCACCUACCUAAACCAGGCAUCGCUGAAGACACAACUUAAUAAUCUGGGGAUUGUGGAAGCAUUGGCCCUUGUCCUGCCCGAUGAAGAUCAACUGAAAGAGUAUCUAGAGAAUCCGCCACGCGGCGUGGACCCGCGCAUGUGGCGUCAGGCGAACUUCGACAAUCCCGACCCCCGCCAGUUCAUACCCGUGCCCAUGAUCGGCUUCAAUGACCUAAAGUGGCGCGUUAAAUGCCAGGAACAUGAAACGGAUACCCAUGCCCUGUACAUGAAGAAGGUAGAGACAGAACUGACUGAACUGCGGCAACGUCACUCUACAGCCACAGCAACGAUACUCGAGCAUAAACGAAAGCUGGCUGAACUGAGUCAUCGUAUACUCCGAAUAAUUGUGAAGCAGGAAUGUAGCCGCAAGGUGGGCACUUCGCUCACACCCGAGGAGGAGGCCAUGCGCACCAAGCUUCAGAACAUGCAGGCAGUUGUCUCUGCUCCCACUCAAUUCAAGGGUCGCCUUAGCGAGCUGCUCUCCCAGAUGCGCAUGCAACAGAAUCAGUUCGCUGGCAACGGUGGAGCGGAGUAUGCAAUUGGCAAAGAGGCGGAGGAUGAGUGGAACCACUUUCUGGCCAUGCAGCAGAGCGCCAUGGAGGUGCUGAAUGAAACGGUCAAGAAGGACUCAAAGGCGUUAGAUGUCAUUAUCAAGGGACUACCCGAACUGCAGCAGUCCUGAGGAUCCGAUUUGUUGAAUAAACCACCCAGAGAGAUGUAUGUAAGUUGAA